GUAGCUGUUUUGACCUACAACCUUUGACUCAGUCUUGACACCACAGCUGACAAUUCUUACAUCUCCAGCAACUUUGAUUUCAUGUAGAGAUCUAAUUUCAGAAUGCGUUAUAUAAAUAGAAUAACUUGCUCAGUUUUGCAUUACAAGCAACUACCUCAAAGAUGCCUUAGUUCAAGAACUAAAUGGACAGGUCAAGAAUCUAUUCAACAGGAUGACCCUGAAGUCUAUGACAUCAUCAAACAAGAAAAGUACCGGCAGUCUAAUGGCAUAGAGCUAAUAGCCUCAGAGAAUUUUGCCAGCCGAUCAGUACUUGAGGCCCUUGGUUCCUGUUUAAACAAUAAGUACUCAGAGGGAUACCCUGGCGCAAGGUAUUAUGGUGGAAAUGAAAACAUUGACAAAAUUGAAAGAUUGUGCCAGAAAAGAGCGCUUGAAGCAUUUAGACUGGACCCUGAGAGUUGGGGGGUCAAUGUCCAGCCCUACUCUGGUAGCCCUGCGAAUUUCGCAGCAUUUACUGCUCUCCUAAAUCCACAUGACCGAUUGAUGGGACUAGACCUGCCAGAUGGUGGACAUUUGACUCAUGGUUUUAUGACUGAUACCAAGCGAGUUUCUGCGACUUCCAUAUACUUUGAAUCAAUGCCUUACAGACUGAAUCCUAAGACUGGAUAUAUUGACUAUGAUAAAUUGAGAGAGACAGCCAGAUUGUUUCGUCCGAGGCUUAUAAUUGCAGGAACCACAGCAUACUCACGACUACUUGAUUACAAAGCAUUUAGAGAAGUUUGUAAUGAGGUCAAGGCCCACCUGCUAGCUGACAUGUCUCACAUCUCAGGACUUGUUGCCGCAAAUGUCAUACCAUCACCAUUUGACUUUGCUGAUGUAGUCACAUCUACAACUCAUAAAACUCUCAGGGGCCCAAGGUCAGGCAUGAUAUUUUAUCGCAAGGGAGUUAAAUCAGUAGACCAAAAAAGUGGGAAAGAAACACUGUAUGACUAUGAUAAAACCAUAAACAACGCCGUAUUCCCUGCACUACAAGGGGGGCCACAUGAGCACCAAAUUGCAGGAAUAGCUGUCGCUCUUAAACAGGCCAUGCAGCCUGAGUUUAAGCUGUACCAAGAACAGGUUCUGAAAAAUGCUAAAGCUAUGUGUGAGCCUCUUAUCAAGAAAGGAUACACUAUAGUCUCUGGAGGCACUGACAACCAUUUGGUACUGGUAGACCUCAGACCAAAAGGUACAGAUGGUGCUAGGGUGGAGCGUGUGUUAGAACUGUGUUACAUCACUGUCAACAAGAACACCUGUGCAGGUGACAAGAGUGCAAUGACACCUGGAGGACUUAGGCUUGGAGCCCCAGCUUUAACUAGCAGAGGAUUAAAAGAAAAAGAUUUUGAAAAAGUUAUAGAUCUUCUUGACAAGGGUGUUCAAAUUUCUGUUCAAGCCCAAGCCAAAACAAAGACUCUAAAAGAUUUCAAGGCAUUUGUCAAUGAGGAUGAGGCUAUACAGAAAGAGAUCAAAGCCUUGAAAGAAGAAGUCAUCUCAUUUGUCAAAGAUUUUCCAAUUCCUGGAUUCGCUGACAGAUAAACUGUUUAAAACUAUACUAUACUCAUUUUGCUCCACAUAUUUUGAGUGCUAUUUACUCAUUCCUAAACUUUUAUGUCAGAAUCUUACAACCAGUUGUCUACAUUUGUCUCCACACUCAAGUCUGUUUAUCAGUGUACAAGAACUGAUGUCAAUACCUUUAACUAUAAUAUAUGUUAAGCAGAUUGGCUUAAGUGUGGUAGUGGGUAUGUUUAUAAUUACAAUCAGUAACUUUCACUUGUGUUUUGUAUGAAAUCAUAGUCUGGGGAGUUGCAUGAGGCAACUGCUAAGAGGGGUGUAUCAACCCAGUAUUAAUUAGAAUUGUGCAAUAUACUGGCUGCAGGUACAUUUGUUAAAUAUGUUAAUGUAAAAAAUGUAACAAGGUAAUUGUUGAGAUAAAACAUAUUGAAUGCUUCUAUAAAGUUUAGAAUUGUAAAGGGUUUUUUUUUAUACUGAGGUGCAGUGAAAUAAAAGUUACCACUGAGC